UCCGGUCGUAGUGUGGAGUGGUCUACCAAGGAGUCGCUGAUAUCCAGGGUUUCACUGCCACUGGAGGUUCUUUAAAAAUUUAAGGACUUUUCAAGCUGCACAAGACACAAACCACUCUCAGGAUGGCCAGUGUAGUUAGAUAUGUGGUGGACACAUACACGGACAUAAUGGAGAACAAGAGUGAUCCGCGGGUGAAGGAUUGGCCGCUGAUGAGUGGUCCGUUACCCACAGUGCUCAUCUGCCUCUCAUACGCUUUCAUCGUCAAAGUACUGGGACCCAAACUGAUGGACAAGAGGAAACCGUUCCAGUUACGGAAAACACUGAUAGUCUACAACCUUCUACAGGUCAUCCUCAGCGCCUGGCUGUUCUAUGAGUCUAUCAUGGCUGGCUGGUUCACUACAUACAGCUUCCGUUGCCAGCCUGUGGAUUACUCCAACUCUCCAAAAGCACUAAGGACGGCAGCAGGGUGUUGGUGGUACUUCUUUUCAAAGUUUACUGAGUUUUUUGACACUUUCUUCUUCGUUCUGCGCAAGAAGAAUGAACAAGUGUCUCGGCUGCAUGUUAUCCACCAUGGGGUCAUGCCUCUUAGCACCUGGUUUGGAGUCAAAUUCUCACCCGGUGGUCACAGCACAUUCUUUGGAAUGUUGAACACGUUUGUCCACAUCGUCAUGUACUCCUACUACCUGCUGGCUGCCUUCGGACCUCAGAUGCAGAAGUACCUGUGGUGGAAGAAGUAUCUCACAGCACUGCAAAUGGUUCAGUUUGUUCUUGUGAUGGUCCAUGCGUUCCAGCUGUUGUUCAUUGACUGCAACUACCCGAAGGCCUUUGCCUGGUGGAUCGGACUGCACGCCAUCAUGUUCUACUUCCUCUUCGCUGACUUCUACAAACAGGCCUACGCUAAGAGAGACGCUAAGGCUAGGGCGGCUUUAGCUAAGAAGAACGAAGAUGCCAUGCUGAAUGGUAAAAGUAACUCAAACGGUUACACCAAUGGGUCAGUCAAAGGACAUACAAAUGGAUACGCAAACGGAAUCUCUAAUGGUUUCUCCAACGGAACAGCAAACGGCAAAACUCUGUCAAAUGGAGUCAACGGAGUUUACAGUGAACCGGAGAAAGGGAUGGAGUCGAGUUACACGACUCAAGACUCUUUGAGAACAAGAGCUUUCAUCAACAAAGACCAGUCGAAAACCUCGUAGUGACAUAAGUGUACAAACAUUCUAGCCUCUCUUAGCCUAUAAUUAUUUAUUUGAGACAUACAAUUUUGUUGACUCGUAUGAUCUUAAGAGGAGUCUGAAGGAGUCAAGAUGUAUAGCUUGUGUUGAAGAAUUAGUGGUUGAAAGGUAGAAGUCUUUCAUGAGAUUACAGUAGAACUCCAAUUAUCUGAACUCAAAACUAUACAAAUCUCUUACAGAAAGGAUUUCUUAGAGCCACAGUAAUAAGAAUAGCUAUUAAAGAUGAUCAAACAUAAUCAUUGGCUCCCUCGGUCACAGAAAAAUCUUCAUCUUUUUUACAUGAUGGGGGCAAAAUCUUGUAUAUCUCCUGUGGUCUUGUAGACGUAAUGUUAUUCACUUCUAGUCACGGAAAAUCAUAAUCCUCCUCCGUGAUUGCUGGAAAGUUGAAUGUUUUGAUCGACAAACUUUUGCAGACGAGUUUUACGAUCAUGAUAGUUAAAUCCAAUUUUCUACCUAUUUUUACUUUGCCAAUUUUCUGUAAUACACCCAGAGUUUCGGUAAAAAACCAAUCAUCCGAAUUUUUGACUAUCCGAAUGUGGUACAGUACCAAUUGAUUUGGAUCGUUUGAGCUCUACUGUAUAUGGAAGACAAGAUCAUACUUAGUACAAAGUGCCAUUUGUUUAUUAGAAUUAAAAAUGAUUUUGUAGUUCACAUACUGAAUUUUGCAGUGUUCUAUUGUGUUAUGACCACUUUAAAGGGUUUUACACCCCCAGGGGGAUUAUGAUGGUUAUGUUUUAACCUAAUACACAAGUUAUAUUUGCUCAAAAAAAAACAUGAAUAACCUGUUGAAUUUUAUUUAUAUUUUUUGUGCAUGGAAAAUGCAUCUUUUCCCUGUUAGCAAGAAAAUCAAAACAUUUAAUCAUUGGUAUUUGCUAGACAAUUUUUGUAAGAAGGGAUGGUCUAAAAAUGAAAGAAAUGUGAUUGUUUAAAUGGCUUCACAUAUGUAUAUAGUUUGUAUGAUACUUUAUUUAGUAUUUUAUUUGGAGAAAAAUACAAAUCUUAUUUUUCUGUUACGAUAUAUUUACCUCUUGAAAGCAUUGCAAGAAUAAUUAAUUAACUUUUGUACAUUCUAUACAUAUUUACUUUAGAUUGUAGGGUUUUGUAAAUUAUUUACUUAAGUUUGCAGUACUGGUUGUAAGUAAGACUAAAAAAAUAAGAUUUUCUUACGACCUAAAUAGUUUAUCUAAGUCAUAAUUAAUUUUUAAUGUUAUAUCUGUUGCGUAGUAAAUCGUAUUUAGUGUGAUGAAACUGUGCCUUUGUCAAGGCAUACAAACUGAUUCUGAAAAUUAUUUAUCAGAUUAAUUAUCUAUUAGAUUAAUGAUAUUUUUUAUUGUUACAAAUUUUAAUAAUGUACUUUCCAAAGUUCCACGUUUUCUUAUACUACUUAGGUAUAUUGAGUUAAUACAGAUAAGAAAGGGGUUUUUGUUAUAAAAUUAAUGUCAAUGCCUUGUGUAUUAUGUACACUUAGGAUCAUUCAAAUGUUAUACAUUUCCUGUAUGAUGUUAUUCGUUUUUUAAAUAAACAACUGCAAACAAUAUCGUUUUUUAAA